UACUCUCAACCUGACUGCUAUUUAAGGUGCUGCUUGGAAGUUCAACACUUAACUAUGAACUUUGCCUCUUUGGACUGAGCUGUUUGGUACCUUUACAAAAGUCUAUCAAGCAGCUGCUGCCAUGCUUGGCACUCCCUCUUCCUUCUUGUGCUUCCUCUUCCUCCUCAUCCUCCUGUUUUCAACACCCUCCAGUUCAGCGCCUCCAGAUGACACAGUAGUGAUGACCAGCAGUGGUCCUAUUAAGGGCAAGCAUCUCGCAGCAGGGUCAGGAUCUGUGACGGCCUAUCUGGGCAUCCCUUAUGCUGAACCACCACUGGGGAAACUACGCUUCCAGAAGCCUCUUCCACAUAAGCCAUGGAGUCAGACUUUGGAGGCCACCAGCUUUGGCAACUCCUGCCCCCAGUAUCUUUUUUUGGAUUUCCCUGAUGCAGCCGUGUGGCUUCCUCAAACGCCACUGUCAGAAGAUUGUCUCUUUCUCAAUGUCUGGGUGCCUCGUCCUCGUCCUUCUUCACCGGCCCCUAUCCUUUUCUGGAUACAUGGAGGAGGAGGAUUUUUAAUAGGCUCAGCUUCUGUGGGAUUGUAUAAUGGGGCAUCCUUAGCUGCAACCGAGAAUGUCAUUGUGGUCUCCAUCAACUACCGACUGGGAGCUCUAGGCUUCCUUUCUCUACCACCAGCUUCCCCAGGAAACAUGGGCCUGUGGGACCAACACUUGGCCCUGAGAUGGAUCCGAGAAAACGCAGCUGCCUUUGGGGGAGAUCCUAAUCAGGUGACCAUUUUGGGACAGAAUUCUGGAGCUGUUUCGGUGGGUUUGCACCUUCUUUCCCCCCACAGCGGGCCUCUUUUUGCCCGCGCUGUGCUCCAGAGCGGAGCUGCCAAUGUCGCCUGGGCUUGGAUGAAUCCUGAGAAGGCAAAGCAGAAAGCGCUGGUGAUUAGCCAACGGCUAGGUUGUGCGGAAGGCAAUGAACAUGCCGUGGUGAGGUGCCUGCAGGAAAAGGACGCAGCGGACUUCACUCAACAUGAGCUAUCCAUGGUUCUAGAAAGCAAGUUUAUUCUGGAUCUCCCCUUUUUACCAACAACAGAUGGAGAGUUUCUUACGGAUGAUCCGGAAAAGCUUCUGGGGAGUGGACACAUUCAAGUUAAGCCAACUCUGAUCGGUGUCACCUCUGAUGAAGCAUCAACUUUUCUGCCAUAUCUUUUCCCUAACACUACCGACGGCCUCAUUACUUGGGAUCAACUUCUGAAGGGAAUCAGGAUGACGUUGCAGAGGGCAACUGAAGAAGAUAUUGAGGCCGUGGCACAGAAGUACAGCGAAGGAGACCCUGGUCCAGCACGAUAUCGUUCGGCCCUGUCCCGGGCUAUUUUAGAUUAUUCUUUCCUAUGUCCAGUAGCUGAAUUUGCUGCAAAGAGUCAAGAAUCGGGGAGUCCUGUGUAUGUUUACUCCUUCGCCCAUCACACAUCUGGUUCUGUUUUUCCUGAGUGGAUCGGGGCACCCCACGGGGCUGAGCUCCCAUACGUGUUUGGAACCCUUGAGUCAGCCGUAGGGGUCAACCAAACAUACACGGAAGCUGAAGCUGCACUGAGCCGUAGGAUGAUGCGGUACUGGGCAGAGUUCUCCAGGAGUGGGAAACCCACAGGCUCAGGGGCAAAGGAGAAAGAGUGGCCCCUUUACGAUGCCACAGAACAGAACUUCUUCCGUCUAACCACGGACUCUCCCCAGGCUACACAAAUCUCACUAACUCAAAAAUGUGGUUUCUUGAAAACACAUUCUCUGAAGCCAGACAAGUCAGAGGAGGAACAUGGAAGGAGAGAAUCUAGCGCUCAGUAACAGGAGCCGGGAACCUCCAUACAAGAUGCUGAUAUCUUCAUAUCCCUCAAGAAAACGGACAUUUUCAAGAAAUCAUGGGAAAAAUAACAAGCUGUUUUUAACUGUUUUAUGUCAGUAAUAAGCAUCCACAGCCAGCACAGCUGAGGGUCAUCUUUCACUGUAUACGUUGUUAUCACUUGGCGAAUGGCAAUGAGUUUAUAAACGUAGCUGGGAUUUUCUUUCA